AUGGAUAUUCAUCGGUGUCGAUUCGUGCCGUACCAGCCUCAAGCGAUUAACGCGCUCGCCUUCUCACACAGCUCGAAUCCCAAACAGCACACGCCGAAAGACCUUAGACUUGCCGUUGGCCGUACUAACGGCGAUAUCGAAUUGUGGAAUCCCAACCAAGGCCAAUGGGUUCAAGAAAGAAUAUUACGUGGUGGUCUCGAUCGAACAGUUGAACAGGUUCAGUGGACGCAAGAUCUGAUUGUGCCAGAUGAAGAGGACAUCAAGGACUCGCAGAUUGAGCGAGGUCACCUGAGAUUAUUCAGUAGUGGCGGUUCGACCAGUAUUACUGAAUGGGAUGUUCAGAAAGGCACGCCGAAGAGACAUGCAGAAGGAAAUUCAGAUGAUAUAUGGUGCUUUGCGCCGCAGCCACAAUGGACAGAAGGCCAGGUGCGAAACAGUAUUGAACAAGUACGCACCGCACCGUCGCAGCUUCUAGCAGCUGGAUGCGCAGAUGGUUCUAUCAUUCUGUUCUCUACGAUCGACAACGAGUUACGGUUUACGCAAUUCCUGAUACGUGCUCAGAGCACUAAGAAGAGUCGGUGUAUCAGCAUUACCUGGCGCGACCGUAAUACUGUGGUCGCAGGCUUCGAGCAGAGUCAAAUCAGAGUGAUCGACGUGCGAAGCAGAAGGACAAUAAGAACCAUGACUUUGGGCAAAACGGCGGAUACUGCACAGCCAUUGGUGUGGACACUAAAGUGCUUGCCUAAUGGAACAAUACUAUCGGGCGACUCGUCAGGCGAACUGAAGAUAUGGGAUGCACAGAACUACUCGCUUGUACAGCGGCUCAAGACUCAUAUUGCUGAUAUACUGGACAUCACCACCAACACAUCUGGCACAAUGAUUCUGACUUGUGGUGUUGAUCGACGAACGGUUGCAUAUGCACCUCAAUCUGGCACAGGCAACGUAAAGACACAGCGAUGGUACGAAAUACGGCAUCGAAGAUUUCACGAGCACGACGUCAAAGCUAUCACAGCUUUCGAGAGCAAGAGCAUGAGUAUUGCCGUGUCAGGAGGGAUAGAUACAGUGCCUGUCGUGCUUCCUCUGAAGAGGUGGAACGAGGAAUACCAUCGGUCACUGCCACACUUGCCACAAAAACCACAAAUGUCUGCCUCUUCCGAAGCACGCUUGAUGCUCACUUGGUGUGAUAGUGACCUGUUCAUCUGGCAUAUUCCACAACAAUAUCAGGAACCUACAGACUCUGAGUCGGUAUCUGACGAAUUCCAGAAUCAGAAGCUGCUAGCACAGAUUCGUCUCAGUGGGGAAGAGCACAUCACUUCUGCAGAGAUAUCAAGUAAUGGCACCAUGGUUGCAGCAGCCACGAGUUCAGGCGUUAGAUUGUUCCAAAUCAGGAGAAGUACGUCAGCUAGUGGUCAAGCAGAAGUCAGAUCGCGACCAGUCGACCUGCCUACAGUUCUUGCUGCACAAGGAGCCACUGUAGUUGGGUUCUCACCUGACAGCAAAUGGUUAGCCGCCGUUCGACUGAACAACGUGGUUUUGAUGGUCAAGGUGACACCGCCAGGUGCUGCAAGGGAGAAACCCUCUCUACAUCCUAGGGUAAUUAAGCUCGAUCGCAAGAGACGCAAAGUUCAGGCGCAGCAGGAGAGUGCACUUGGUACCUACGCAAACAAUAUCUCGACCUUGUCAUUCGCCCCCGAUAGUCGCAUCCUUGCAGUGGGUGACCUCUCAGGUGCCAUUGAUACUUGGGUUCUUGAGGGUCAUGAAGCAGUUGGUACUUCAGAAACAAUCGAGAACGGCGCUGCGGAUAGUUCAGCAUCAGAGGACUCAGAUUCCGACUCCGAUGAUGAAACAGACUCUCGUGUUGUACAUGGCCAGCAGUGGAUUCGUACACCUGCAGGCUCGCAACUGCCUUCUCUGGGGUCAGCAGUUCUAGCACUCACGUUCAAACCAUCUCUAGCACUGCCAGACCAUCCAUCACGUACGCAUGGAAACGAGGGUCUUCACCCAACGAGGCACAACCACCAUCCUGUUGCCCCAGAACAUCCCCCCGUCGAUGCCGGCUACCUCUUCGCUGUAACUGCAAAUCAUCAGGUUGUCGAAUUCGAUACGAUCAACUGUAGAUUGACUGAUUGGUCGAGAAGGAAUCCAAAUACUACAUUUCCAGACCAGUUCCGGAAGAUCAAGGAUCGCGUGAUGGGAGCUUGGGUGGAUUUGAGGCCAAGCGAGCACAUUGAGAGGUUGUGGUUAUACGGCAGUACAUUCUUGUUCAUGCUCGAUUUGAAGAGAGAUCUAGCAAAGCAGACAGGGCAGAACUUGGUGAAGGUCGGCCGCCUAGGCCAGCAUGUGAUCGAAGUGCCGUCGAACCAUGCUCUUGCAAGGAACGAGCACAUUGAACAACAACAGAAGAGCAAGAAGAGGAAGAGAAACGCUGGCGCUGGCGGUGAAAUGAGGUAUGGACAGAAGUACUCGGCUGACAUUGAUACUUCGAUCGACGGUGAUGACGAUGUCAGCAUAAAGGUAGACAUACCUAGUCCACCUGAAAGUAUCAAGCAAGAAGACGACCUUGACGACGACGACAUGAUGGAUAUUGAUGACGAAGUCGACAAGAAAAUUUCUGGUUCGAGCCGGCAAGAUGCUGUAGUCCAGAAGGAGGACCAAGAAGCCGAUAGUGAGACUGAGACGCAAUAUCGGUCACAACCAGCAUCUUGGCACACCUUUCUUUAUCGAGGAAUAUAUGGAUUGGCAGUGCUAGGUCAGGCUGUGGACAACGAUGCAGCUCCCGAGGUGGUAAUCGUAGAAAGACCAAUGUUUGAUGUUGAAUUGUCGCCAAGGUUUAUGGGUGGGCAGGAAUGGUAA